GAAGGUGAUCCCCCGAGCCCUGUUUGGGAUGGUCCGCCGGUUAGAGCAGCUAUAUGCUGCGCAGUGCUCCGGCAUGUCGUACAGGAAUGUUACAGAAUUCCGACCGGUCCAAAAAGGCGCCCGCAUUCCUCGCUCUCCCAGAGGUCAAUGCGCCGUCUAUGGAUGAUAUAUGUCCAUGAUUGACAUUACAGAGAUUGCUUCCUGGGAAGCAUUCAGGUGACGUCAGUGACGUGCGCAACGGAAACUACUAAAAGAGUGAAGCGAGGCUCUGCGUGAACGUGCCUCACCCAAGAUGGCGGAUUCCUCCGGACGGAAGAUGCCGGUUAGCUUACUUCCUUUGUUUUGGAGGCUCAAUUCUGGCGCCGGAAGUGGCACUGGAUGGGUGGAUGCGAUGGAGCAGGCUAAGAUGGCGUCUCCUAAGAGUGCGCCAAAGGAUGCACAGGUACAGUACCGUGCUUUUAUUAUGUAUGUCGUGUUUUUGUGAGUGAUAGCCAUUAUAUUGGGCUCUCCAUGAUGUUCUUCCAGGCAGGGGAUGGCUGUUAUUGCCAUAUUCCAUGCAGCAGCUCUGUUAUUGUGUAUCAAGGCUCCCCUGAUGCUCACACAGGUAAAUGGGAGUCCUAAUACAUAACAGCCAGCAUGCCUGUGUAUAGCCAGCCACGUCCUGUAAGUUAAUCAGUCCCCAAUAAUACUCAGACUAGGUGUGCUGAGCCAGGUGCAAGGGUAGGGAUCGUGGGAAUUGUAGUCCAGCAGCUGGAGCACUAGCUCUGAUGUAGAUCAGGUGUGGGGGGGGGGGUAGUGUUGUGUUUUGGGCUAAUAGACAAAUGGCCCCUGCAUGGAGUCACCUGGAGCAUUGCACAUGCACAAACUGAUUAACUAAUCCCUGGGUUUACCCCAACAUGUGAUUUUUUUUAUUUUUUUUUAUUUUUUUUAAAACAGGUUUUAGUGCCUACCCGGAGUGGCCCUUUUUGUAAAGGAAUUUUCCAAACACCUGAAGCAGUUUAGUUUGGCACAUUGCUUUGUGUGUCCUCUUUAUCAUUUUAUAAAAAGUGCAGAUCAAUAGAAAGUGGCACUUUUAUCAAUGAACCUUGUUACUGUCAGGCAGCUGGUUCUUUAAAGGGACAGUUUAGGCAACAUAACAACUUACUCUAAAUUACGUUGUUUUGGUGCAAAGUUGCCACAGGGUUACCUCAACAGGUUACCCCAAAAAGUGCCAAUCUCAACAGCACCCAGACUGAAACAGUGUUCUGAAAUUUGAGUUUCAAGCAAGUUUUGAGAAUGAGAAAUCAUUGACUGGCUGGAAGCAUCAGCUGAUCGCUCUUUAUCUAAUCAGUGUUCCCAUGCCUAGCAGCGUUGUAUGCUUUCUGAAACUAAAAUUUCAGAAGCCGUCUGGGGGCCUUGCGAUCGGGGCCCUGAGCCUGGAGUGUUUCUUUAACUUCCUUGUUUGUUUAGCUCAGUUGAGCUUACUCAAGAAACAAUUGCCCAGAGCACCCAUGUCUGGCCUGGGGAAGUAGAGGGCUAGCAGAGGUCGCUGUAAAUAGAUCUUCGGUAAGCUGUUUAUAUAUACUCCAAAGAAAAUGAAAUGCUUAAUUAAAGGUGUGAAUGUCUUAAUUGAAUGCAUGUCUACAAAAUUGCAUUUUUUUAUUUAUUUUUUUUUAAUUGGCAGUGGAGUGCUCAUGUAAGGGAAAUACACAGCUGAGUUGUGCAUGAUGCAUACAGUUAUCUUGUUUCUUUCUAUAUGACAUCUGUACGUAUUUAUAAUUUCUAAACUACUGGAGGUAGUUACACAUUGGGCAUCAGAGGGGUUAAACAUUGUAUGUGCAGGAUUUCAUCACAAAGCAUUGCAUAUACAGACUCUAAGCACCAUGACCACUACAAGGAACUGUGCAUGUGACUUCUAUCAUGUACAAAACUACUCUUAGCCCCUUAAGGACACAUGACAUGUGUGACAUGUCAUGAUUCCCUUUUAUUCCAGAAGUUUGGUCCUUAAGAGGUUAAAUAGGUGUAUAGCUUAAGAUUCAGUAGAAAGCACAAGCCCUAAAAUACAUCUUAUAAAUCAUGCAGUGACUUUUAAGUAGGAGUUGUCAUCUGAAACCUGCAAAUUAAAUUUUUUUUAAUUUUUUUUUUUCCCUCUUCUACAGGUAAUGGCUCAGAUCCUAAAGGACAUGGGGAUUACAGAAUAUGAACCUAGAGUAAUUAACCAGAUGCUGGAAUUCACAUACCGUAAGUGAAAACCUGACAGAUUCCUUGAACCAUUGCUUUGUUAAUCUUAAUUUGUUUGAAGAAUAAUAAAAAGUGGUCAUUGAUUUCCCAAGUCUCCCACAGAUUAAUUGGUGAAAGUAUCGGCAACAUGUUUGGAGUUUAGAGACUUCGUCUUUAAAAAUUGUUCUGGAAUAAAAUGUUCCUUAAAGUGGAAUUUUUUAUAUUGGAAUGGGAGGGGGGAGAGGAAAGAACAUUUUAAUUUUUUUUAUUUUUACUUUGUAAAUAUUGGAAUGGGGGGGGGGGAGAGAACAUUUCAAUUUUUUUUUUUUACUUUGUAUGUCUGUCUGAUAUUGCAGAGCCAUAGCAAAUAAAUUGAUUUAUAUAUCUUUUUUUCUUUUGUAGGAUAUGUAACAACAAUACUUGAAGAUGCAAAGAUUUAUUCUAGUCAUGCAAAGAAGAACAACAUUGAUGCAGAUGAUGUACGCCUCGCCAUACAAUGCAGGACAGACCAAUCAUUUACAACUCCUCCUCCAAGAGAUGUGAGUUUAUCAUUGUAAUAAAGCUAUGGUUAACAGGACACUUCGUGCAGCAAUACAAGCUUAAUGUAUUUUUGUGUUUCUGCCUCAUUUAAUAUGCUGUUUGGCAUGCUCAAAUCCUUAGUUUUUAAAUAUAUAAAAUAAACAUUCAUCAUUAUCCAUGCAUUCUCACUCCUUAAAUACUUCCUUAUGAAUUGUAUUAUCAUUUUUCAUAUUAGUUUUUACUAGAAAUUGCAAGACAAAAGAACCAAACCCCUCUACCUUUAAUCAAACCUUAUGCUGGACCCAGGCUACCUCCAGACAGAUAUUGCUUGACUGCACCAAACUAUCGGCUUAAAACAAUUCAGAAGAAGGUAAGUGAAGCUACUUAACAUGAAAAGAGCCCAGGGACAGUUGUCUAUUUCUAGACAAACCUAGGAGCUAGAUAUAUUUAAUAACUGCAGAUAUUUACUAGAAUAAUUUGGCAGCAUUGGUUGAUCUAUCUAAUUUAAAUCUAACCUGCCUUAUAUAUUUGUCAAGCCCUAUUUUAACCCCUUAAGACCGCAGGGCGUUUUAUGCUGUCCCUAUUUUGAUUGCUCUAAAUGCCGCAGGGCGGCAUAGAACGCCCUGCGAUCUUAUGUACUUACCCAAUCCGGCGAUCGCGGUAUGGGGACUUACCAGGGAGUCCCCCUCCGUCCUCUUGGCCCCUCUGGGCCAUGUGAUUGCGAGGACCUCGCGAUCACAUGGAUGGCAUAGCCAGCAGGGGGAGUGCCUGUAAUGAUUGCCUGCUGUCUGAAAAAUAAAUAAUUGUUAAAAACCGUGUAAAAUUAUAUAAUUACUUAGGAGAGAAAAAAAAAAUAUAUAUAUAUAUAUAUAUAUAUAUAUAUAUAUAUAUAUAUAUAUAUAUAUAUAUAAAAAUAAAUAUGUAAAUACGUUAUAAAAUUAAAAAAAAUAAUUAUACAUGUGUAAUUUCGUUCUAACUGUAUUUUCAAAUUUUAACACUAAUUUUGGCCAGUGUUUGUGGCUACUAAAAAACAAAACAAAAAAAAAACGAGAGGACAUACCCCAUUUGCAAUACAUUGGGUUGUCUACUUUUUCAAAUGGUAUGCCAUCAUGGGGGUAAUUCUUAUUCCUGGGCUACCAUAUGGUUUCAAAGGCAAUGUAACCAAUCUGACCAAUUUCAAUGUGAAAAAAAAUGAAAAAUGUAACAUGCUAUAUUUGACUCUGUAACUUUCCAAAACACUAUAAAACCUGUACAUAGGGGGUACUGUUUUACACAUGAGACAUCGCUGAAUACAAAUGUGUAUUUUAUUGCAGUAAAAGCAAACAGUAUUUUGACAUUCACAGUUAAAAUGCCACGUAGAACUAAGAAGAAAAAAAAAAAAAAAAAAUCUUAUUUCCUGAUAUAUGGUGGCAUAACAAUAGGGAUGUACUCUUCUUUCUGGACAAGCAUCUGAAAUCAAUAAAUACCAUAAAAAGCACCUCCCCUUACCAGGUAUAAGAGACCCAACCAGCCCAGGGACCUCAGUUCUUUCUUGUUCCAACAGGAACAGACUGCAUCUGGAAUGUGGAUGGUGAGGCACAUGGGUUGCUGCCAGGGGGAUCCGGUCUGAUAGUCUGCCGGGUGGAGAGCUGAAUGGCCAGCAAACAUCCUGCAGAUUCCGGAGCAGGUAUGUAAGUCUGCUUUUAUGCCGAGUGCAGUCACCGGCAAGGCAGGGAAGGCGGUCUCUAGUGGCAGCAAAUAACUGCCUGUUGGAGACGCUUGUGAACGGCGGUGGAACGCACACCCAGGUGGUUUUGCGUUCUACCAGAGUUCCGACUGCGCUAUUGCGCAUGCGCGUUCUAAACUCCUCGAAAUUGCGCUAAAUUUAAAGCGGAUCUGCAGACACUGCAUCAAAAUCUGCAUUAUGUGAACUGCCUUUGGAGAAGAAAAGGUUGUUUUGGUUCUCCUAUUUAUGCUGUGCAGAUCUUCCUGUCAGCAUGGAUGCUUGGCAAUAAAGGUCUCCUGUGCCACCAGCCCCCCCACAGGGGGUCAGAUGUUUUAGAGGUAUGAUUAUUUAGACUCUCAUCUUUAAAACUUUUUUUUUUUUUUUUUCUACAAAAAGAUUUAUUAGCUUAUGUAUUAGAUAUGUCUAGUCCUGUCUCUACUGAUAAUAUGGAUAAAGACAAAGUGCCUACACCUGCUUCUAAAAAGCCAGUUCCAAAGCUAAACAUCUCUGUUGUAGUGAAUGCUCUACUCUUUUACCAGAUGGUUUUAAAAGGAAAGUCUGUAAUGUUUGCUCUUCCUUGACGCUAGAAAAAUCCAAGCAUCAAGAGAUGAAAUCCUUUUUGUCUUGGUUUCAGGAUAAUCUGGCCCAGACUUUUGAGUCUUUUAAAGAGCCUGCUCACACUUCUCCUGUAAAAGCUACUAAACAGAAGUCUAAAAGGAAGAGAACUCCGUCUAGUUCAGAACUAUCCUCGGGUGAAUGUUUUUCUUAUUCAGAAUUCUCUACUCUUCUGUUACUGAGGUUGGUUUUCCUCAUGAUGAGUUGAGAAAAUUUAUUAGAGCUUAAUGUUAUCCUUUCUGAUGAAACGGUAGAUAAAUCCAAGGGCAAAAAAUGCUGGAUUUAAUAUUCAGAGAAUGGAAGAACCCUGAGAAAAGGGCUUUUGUCCCCAGACAUUUUAAAAUUAUUGUUAAAAUAGAGGAGGAAGAUAAAUGGGAAGAAUUGCCGGUGGUUGAUGUACAAGUGGCUCAAUUGUCUAAAAAAAACAAAAAAAACAAAACAAAAACUACCAUACCUAUUGGUGAAGUUUCUGGUCUGAAAGACCCUAUUGAUAAGAGGGCUGAAAACUUCCAGCAGAAGGGCAUAUCAGGCUGCAGGUUUUCAGGCUAAAGCAGCAUUAGCCGGGGCUUCAGUGGUGAGAGCUCAAAAUCUUUGGCUUAACACUUUGGAAGAUGGUCUGGGUGAUAACCAAGACAAAGGUCUUUCCCUCCUGUUCCAGAAUUUAAGGUUGUCUAAUGAGUACCUUAUGGAUAUUGUCACGGAGGUGAUAAAGCUUUCGGCUUGUGUCAUGGGUUUCACAUCUGUGGCCUGAAGGGCACUGUGGCUUAAAGCCUGGACAGCAGACACUGCAUCAAAAUCUGCAUUAUGUGAACUGCCUUUGGAGAAGAAAAGGUUGUUUUGGUUCUCCUUUAGAAGAGUUUAGAAGGCCCUGCCUCAAGACAGGAAAUAUGCCUGGAAACCCAGGUAUAGAAAUUUCCAGUUCAAAAACCGUAGGUGUUUUCAAGAAAAACCCAGGUUUUUUUUUCGUCAACAAAAAGAUUUGACACACAAAAAGACCCCAAGUCUGACAGAAACAAACGUUUCUGACGACAUCAGAGUGGGUGGAAGGUUGCAAGGUUUUGUCCACAGAUGGAGGGAGACCACUACAAUGAAUCUGGUGCAAAAUGGAUACCGAAUAAAAUUCUUAGAUGUUCCAAGACCAAGUUUCCUUGUCUCCUCCUACCGGUCGAAGUUAAAAAACCAAGCCCUUUUUUCUGCCACGGUCUCUUUAUUAAGAAAAGGUGUGGUAGAAAGGAUUCCAACUUCCCAAGUAUAUCAAGGGGUAUACUCCCAGUUGUUCCUAGUCCCAGAACCAGACAUGUCUUUUCGUCCAAUCUUGGAUAUAAAAGAACCACCUUCGGAUGUCAGAAUGUUCGGUGAGGAAAGCCAUGCAAGUUUUAGGUCAUCUGACCUCUACAAUAUGGGCAGUAAAAUGGGCCAGAGCAGAAUCAAGGCACUUACAGUGGGAAAUUCUUGUCCAAUGGUCAAAGAAGGAAGAAGACUUGGAUGCAUUAAUGAGUAUAUCAGAUCAUACAAAAGAAAAGUUCUCUUGGUGGCUCGAGGAAAAAUUCAUUACAGAAGGCCUGUCUUUUCGUCAAAAAUCUUGGAUCGUGAUUUCUACAGACUCUUCAAAUACAGGUUGGGGAGCUCACCUCCUGUAUCACUUAAGACAAAGUGUUUGGUCGAAAAAGGAAUCUUCAAAUUUCAAGGAGUUGUUGGCAGUUCUCUAUGCUCUUCGACAGUUCAAGGAUUUCAUUAUAGGAAAAGCUGUAAAGAUCCAGUCGGACAAUCAAACUACAGUCUCCUACCUAAACAAACAAGGCGGUACAAGAGUAAAAAAAAAAAAAAUUGUAUUUCCUUUUCUCACGGAUUAUGUCCUGGGCUCAGUCAUCUAGACGCCAUUCAUAUUCGAGUAGACAACAUGGUGGCGGACGAUUUAAGCAGAUCAAAAUGGUCACAGAACGAGUGGUCUCUCAAUUCAGACAUUUUCGCUCAUCUGGUGAAGAGAUUCGGUCUGCCAGUCAUAGACCUUAUGGCAAGAAGAUCAAAUGCAAAAGUAAGAUCGUUUGCCUCCCUUUUCAAGGUAGACAAGCCCGCUGGUAAUGGAUGGUUUUUCGAUCCGGUGGGAGUUUCCCCUUGCUUACAUUUUUCCUCCAGUGAGCCUUGUCCCAAGGAUUCUGCAAAAGGUAACAUCAGAUCAAUCUCGUAUUCUGGCCAUAAUACCGUACUGGCCAAACCACAGCUGGUUCUCGGUUUUAAAGAUGGCUUUAAAGUUCUGGAUUCUCCCGGUAACACCAGAUCUUCUGGAAAACAAGGGAAUUCUAGUAGAAGUAUUGAACAUGUUCAGGUUAACGGCUUGGCUGCUGCACGGCUAAUUCUGCAUAAUAGGGGCAAUAAAGAAGAGAGGUUUCAGUUACUGUGGUUCCUAUAUUCAAAAAGGGUUCAAAAUCCUUGCCUGGAAAUUAUAGACCUGUGAGCUUAAAGGACCACUCUAGGCACCCAGACCACUUCAGCUUAAUGAAGUGGUCUGGGUGCCAGGUACCUCUAGGAUUAACCUUUUUUUUUUUUUUUUUUAAAUAAACAUCAGAGAAACUGCUAUGUUUAUACUGAGGGUUAAUCCAGCCUCUAGUGGCUGUCUCAUUGACAGCCGCUAGAGGCGCUUGCGUGAUUCUCACUGUGAAAAUCACAGUGAGAGCACGCCAGCGUCCAUAGGAAAGUAUUGUAAAUGCUUUCCUAUGCGACCGGCUGAAUGCGCGCGGCUCCUGCCGCGCAUGCGCAUUCAGUCGAUGACGUCGCGAGCAAGGAGGAGAGGAGGAGUACAGCUCCCCGCCCGGCGCUGGAGAAAGGUAAGUGUUUAACCCCUUCCUCUCUCCAGAGCCCGGCGGGAGGGGGUCCCUGAGGGUGGGGGCACCCUCAGGGCACUAUAGUGCCAGGAAAACGAGUGUUUUCCUGGCACUAUAGUGGUCCUUUAACUUCUGUGGCUGGGAAAAUAUUUGAAAGGUUAUUAAGGGAUAAUAUUCAAGAAUUCCUUAAGAACAUGGUUAUCAGCAAAAAUCAGCACGGUUUUAUGAAGCACAGGUCAUGUCAAACUAACCUGAUUGCGUUCUACGAAGAAGUAAGUAGAAGUAUAGAUCAGGGUGUUGCCGUGGAUGUGAUCUAUUUGGAUUUUGCCAAGGCAUUUGAUACAGUUCCACACAAUAGAUUAGUGUUCAAACUCAAGGAAAUCGGUCUAGAUGAAAAUGCUUGUUCUUGGGUAGAACAUUGGCUUAAAAACAGAGUACAAAGAGUUGUCAUUAAUGGUAAAUUUUCAAGCUAGACAGAGGUGGCAAGAGGUGGCAAGUGGUGUCCCUCAGGGGUCUGUUCUGGGACCCCUUCUAUUUAACAUGUUUAUAAAUGAUCUUGAAGACCGCAUUGAAAGUCAUGUUUCAGUGUUUGCAGAUGACACAAACCUUUGUAAAACAAUACAACGUGAGCAAGAUAUUAGUUUGCUGCAGAGGGAUUUAGAUAGACUGGGGGAUUGGGCACUCAAAUGGCAGAUUAAAUUUAAUGUUGAAAAAUGCAAAGUUAUGCACUUCGGCGUAUUGAAUACACAUGCAACGUAUACCCUUAAUGGAAGUGAAUUAGGGAUAACACGCGAAAAGGACUUGGGAAUAGUUAGACAACAAACUAUGCAACAAUGUGCAAUGUCAAUCAGCAGUGGCCAAGGCCAGUAAGGUAUUGUCAUGCAUGAAAAAGGGCAUUCAUUCUCGAGACAAGAAUAUCAUUUUUCCUCUUUAUAAAUCACUGGUAAGACCCCAUAUUGAAUAUGCUGUGCAAUUUUGGGAACCUGUUCUGAAGAAGGAUAUUAUGGCACUAGAAAAAGUGCAGAGGCGGGCUACAAAAUUAAUAAAAGGAAUGGAACAUAUCGGCUAUGAAGAAAGGUUAACAAAUUUAAACCUAUUUAAUUUAGAAAAACGUCGCCUGAGAGGGGAUAUAACAUUAUACAACAAUACAAACCAUUGUGUGGAAAUCUAUUCACAAACCGGACUUUACAUAGGACACGAGGCCAUGCGUUUACACUGGAAGAAAGAAAAUUUCGUCUUAAGGCAAAGGAAGUUUGUUCUUACAGUAAAAAAAAAAAAAAAAAAAUCAGGAUGGGGAAUUCUCUGCCUGAAGAAGUGGUUUUAUCAGAGUCCAUACAGAUGUUCAAACGGCUACUAGACGCAUACUUGCAAGAACAGAAUAUUCAAGGAUAUAAUCUUUCAAUGUAGGAUAACUGCUUGAUCCAAGGAUAAAUCUGACUGCCAUUCUGGGGUCAAGAAGGAAUUUUUUUCCUAGCUUGUUGCAAAAUUGUGCUUCAAACUGGGGUUUUUUGCCUUCUUUUGGAUCAACAGCAAAAAACAAAUGUGAGGUAGGCUGAACUUGAUGGAUGCAAGGCUCUUUUCAGCUAUGUAACUAUGUAACUGUUAAAUUCUACCAGAAGCUUUACCUCUUCUAUUUACUUAAAAAUUUGGACGAGAUUUCUUCACUGGUGCAUAUCUCAUCGUUGCAUAGGAUCCUCGCAUUCUACUGAUGCUAUCCUUCAUUUUUUGCAAGAUGGUCUUGCUCAAGGUUUUAGUCUGUCUACCCUCAAAAUCCAAGUUUCCACUGUCAUUUUUUUGGUAAAAAAUUGGGCUUCUGAUCCUCUCAUUAGAUUUUUUUUUUUUUUUAAAGCUGUUCGACUCGUAAAGCCUCCUAAGAAAAUCUGUUUUCUCUCUUGGGAUUUGUCUUUAGUUUUGAAAUCUGUGUACUGAGCCUUUCAAACCUUUGGAAGAAGCUUCAUUGAAGAAUCUGUCCCUGAAAACUGUUUUUUGGUGGCCAUUACUUCGGCUAAGAGGAUAGGGGAACUCCAGGCCCUUUCUUCCUCUCCUGACUCUACAAAAUUUCUCCCAAAUAAAGAGGUUAUGUACCCUAAGCCUUCCUUUCUUCCAAAAGUCAUCUCCUCCAAGGUUAUCAACCAACCUAUUUUUCUAACUUCAUUUAAUGGUCCAUCUAUGCCAGAUUGGAAAUUUGAUUGGAGACCACUAGAUGUGGGUAGGUCUACUUGGACCGCUCCUCUACGUAUAGGAUGACUGAUCAUCUAUUUGUGAAUUUCUUUGGAAAAUUUAAAGGCCAAGUUGCCUCCAAGGCCACUUUAACUAGAUGGCUGGUGGAUACUAUUAAAUUGGCUUAUUCUUCCUCAAAUCUACCUCUGCCUGCCUCCUUAAAAGCACAUUCUACUAGAGCCAUGGCUGCCUCUUGGGCGUCUACCUGGUCUUCUUUCAACACUUUUGUCAAGCAUUACAGGCUAGACGUAUUUUCUGCCUCUGACGCUGAUUUUGGGCACAAGGUGUUACAAGCUGUUAUUGCCUAAAUUCCCGCCCUUAGUAUGGGAUCUCGAUAUAUCCCUAUUGUACUGCCACCAUAUGUCAGGAAAAACUGUAAUUUACUUUUUCCUUAAUAUGGUGGCAGUACAUCACUCCCUCCCUUUUUGUGUGUGUAUGUAUGUAUGUAUAUGUAUCCCCUGCACUCACGCUUACAAAAUAGUCCAAUGCCGGGCGCACCACCAGAGCUCCAAGAUAUGUAAAAACCAACAAGAAGGAAGGCUGCUCUUCGGACUUUAAAACAAAAAGUUUAUUCAAAUAAUAUUAAAAAAAUUACGACCAACGUUUCGGUUCCCGUUCGGGACCUUCCUCAGGGUCAAAAAUAGGACCUUGUUGUCCUAUUUUUGACCCUGAGGAAGGUCCCGAAUGGGGACUGAAACGUUUGUCGUAAUUUUUUAAUAUUAUUUGAAUAAACUUUUUGUUUUAAAGUCCGAAGAGCAGCCUUCCUUCUUGUUGAGAUAGAGGUGUGUGUGUGUGUGUGUGUGUUCUCUUAUACCUGGUAAGGGGAGGUACUUUUUAUGUUCUUUAUUUCAGAUGCUUGUCCCGAGGGAAGAGUACAUCCCUAUUGUACUGCCACCAUAUUAAGGAAAGAUGAAUUUAUGCUGAGAAAAAUUUAGUUUUUUUUUUCCUCCCUCUUUAAAAAUAUUUUAUUCAUAUUAAAUUAUGUUCCAUACCUAAAUAUUUGAUGGUAAAUAAAAGCCCUGUUCCCCUGAAUAAAAUUAUAUAUGUGGGUGCAUUUAAUAUGAAAGAGGUGAAUUACGGUUGGACAGACAUAUAUAGCGCAGAUGCCAGGUUUUGUUUACAUUUUGGUUUGAUCACAACUUGUACAUUUGGCUGCGGUCUUAAGGGGUUAAAGAUCCUAACGUUUGCAUGAAACCCACAUAAUUAAGUUGUUUUAUAACCUAUGCUUGAGGUACAGUACCUUCUGAAAAUGUACAAGGUUGUUGAACACUUAUGCAAAUCAGUCUAAUUUGUGCCUUAAUAUCUGUAAAGUGUGCAUCUUUAUAAUUUGAAAUUCUAGCACAAUCCUUGAAAUAUGGUUUGUGGUAUAUAUUCUUCAGAUCCCAUCUUCAGCUGGUAGAAUAACCGUGCCAAGACUAAGUGUGGGAGCCGUCACCAGCAGACCAAGCACCCCAGGAUUAGGUAAAGCAAAACACCUUGUGUGUCUGUUCUCUCAAACUUUGCUCCUAGCUUUUGAUGGCCUAAAACUCCUGGAGUUUGGUAUACGUGCACUAGAUAUUUUGUAAGUUCUUAGCUAUGGAGUGCAGAGAAUAAAAUCUUGACUUUAAUGCAAAGUCUUUUGUGUUUUAAAGCGGCACUAUAUUUGGGCAUGUCCGUGUGCUUUGGCUUACUAGUAUAUCACUGUGUUUUUCAGUUGUUUAGCAAAGUACUAAUGUACAGAUUGCAAUUAGUCUUGAUUGUGUUUUUUUUUUUUUUUUUCCUCCACUUAGGUACCCCGUCUGCACAAACUGUGUCAGUUUCCAAAGUUGGAACUCCAGUAUCACUGACUGGUCAGCGAUUCACUGUUCAAAUACCAACCUCACAGACAACUGUCAAAACAGGUCAUUAUUUUAAUUUUAUUAUUGUAUUCUUUGCAUAUGUGAAUCAGACUGCAAUUUUAAUUCAGCAUUGCAGAUCAUUGUAGUAACUGUUCAAGUUACCUAGUUACAUAGUUGAAAAGAGACUUGCGUCCAUCAAGUUCAGCCUUCCUCACAUUUGUUUUUUGCUGUUGAUCCAACAGAAGGCAAAAAAACACCCAAGUUUGAAGCACAAUUUUGCAACAAGCUAGGAAAAAAAAUCCUUCUUGACUCCAGAAUGGCAGUCAGAUUUAUCCUUGGAUCAAGCAGUUAUUAUCCUACAUUGAAAGAUUAUAUCCUUGAAUAUUCUGUUCUUGCAAGUAUGCAUCUAGUAGCAGUUUGAACAUCUGUAUGGACUCUGAUAAAACCACUUCUUCAGGCAGGGAAUUCCACAUUCUGAAAUCCUAUAUGGAUGAGCAAUAUAGCAAUAGUACACAAAAUAUAUUUGGCAGUGAUCUUCUUGUUCAAAGUAGGAAAUAUCUAGUGUUUGUGGCACAUUUUAAAGAGAUUGAUGUGCCCUUAGUAAAGAAUUGGGGUAUUGCUGCUGUAAUAAUGUGUACAUCUAGUAUAUAAUAUGACAUUAUAAAUGUCCUAUAUUAAAUAAAAUUUCAAAUGCACCUAAAACAUAUCAUAUAUGUAAAUAUACUCAAAUAUUUUUUUUUUUUUAUGAUUAGCAUAAACUCCCUGAACAUAAGGUUUGAAUUUGUUAUAUAAAUAAUUUUAACUGUAAACAUGUAGGCUUUAGCAAUAUUUUAACAGGUCACACUACCUGGAAUUUUUCUAUUAACAUGUUUCUUGUUUUUUAUUUAUUUAUUUUUUAGUCCCUACUACUACACCUACAGUUCAGAAUGUCCUAAUCAAUCCUUCAUUAAUUGGUUCCAAAAACAUUCUUAUUACAACAAACCUGGUGUCUUCACAAAGUGCAAACAACGAGUCCAACUCAUUAAAGCGGAAACAUGAAGAUGAUGAAGACUACGAUGCCAUGUAACAUGCUUAAUUCCUACUAUAUAAGGGGCAUUUCCUUUAUGGACUUUAUUCAACUGCAACAAAUCAUGGGACUUUCAUUUCAAAUUAGUUUUUGUGUGCGGGAUUUUUUGUUUGUAUUUCCUUGGAAGCAAUAUAACAAUAUGCAUCAUAUCCCCAUUUUUUUAUAUAAUAUUUAUCUGUUAUAUUGUUGAAGCCAAUGUAAAUUAAAGGGAUAUUACAAGAGU